AAGUGGCUUCCGGCUUCUGGAAGCGGCUUCCUGUCCCACCGGAAGUGACGUAAAGCAGGUGGCGCGGCGUCGGUGGAGGGCGAGGUGACCCCGGGUCGCCGCCAGCAUGGGCCGCGAGUUUGGGAACCUGACGCGGAUGCGGCAUGUGAUCACCUACAGCUUGUCGCCCUUUGAGCAGCGCGCCUUCCCGAACUACUUCAGCAAGGGAAUCCCCAACGUGCUGCGCCGCACCCAGGCCUGCGUUCUGCGCGUGGUGCCGCCAUUUGUAGUGGCUUACCUUAUCUACACGUGGGGGACCCAGGAGUUUGAGAAAUCCAAGAGGAAGAACCCAGCUGCCUAUGAAAAUGACAAAUGAGCGGCUCCUCCGUGUGACAGUGCUGCUUCUGAGAGAUACUUCUUCGGGAGAGGAGUCCGUGUUGUAGUUUCUUAAAGACACAAUAAACUUCCUAUGGGCCACGC